UUUUUAAAAAUGAGAACUGGAUUCAAGAUGCAGAGCACGAUAUUUGGACUAUUGGUUAUAGUGUUAUUGGCAUCUGACGUGCUAUCAAUAUCAAGGCGAUUCUCAAAACUACAGACGGAUGCACUGUCCAAGACGAGGUGCGAUUUGAUGUGCAUCGAGGUCAACAAGGAAAGUAGAACACAAUGCCGCUCACAAUGCCGGAUGCAAGAGCAAAAGCCGGGAACGUGCCCCGGUAACGACAUCGUGCAGUGGCAAGUCGCUUGUGUAAAGGCCUGCGACUUGGACUACCAGUGUGACGGCACCCAGCGAUGCUGCCACCACGGAUGUAGCUCUACCUGUAGCGAACCCGUCGACUUACUGACGUUGCCAGGACUUCCAGCAUUACCAGUUAUAGAAGAAGUCAAGGAGAAGCGGAAAUCAAUCCUCAUCAGAUGGUCUGAUGGAGUUGGAGAUCUGGCCCGCGCAGUACCCGGCAGGAUUUUGUAUCUACUUGAGGAACAAAAUCAUCUCGGACCCAAGUACGAGGAGGCAAGGCUUGCAGGAUGGAAUCUGCUAUUAAGAACCAAUAAAACGAAAAUUUCUCUCCGCAACUUGCUGAAACCAGGCCGGUGGUACCGCUUCAGGGUAGCCGCUGUCAGCUCGACCGGUAGCAGAGGUUUCUCAUCUCCUAGCUCACCCUUCACCCCCAGGAAGGGGCCCAGAGCGCCUUCACCGCCCAAACGGUUGAGUGUACGCCCGGUGCGAACUGAAAACGGUACAGUAACCGUUCGUCUAGAAUGGAAGGAACCCAACUCGGACUUGCCGGUAAACAGAUACAAAGUGUUCUGGAGCCGUCGCGUUCGGGGCGUGACGGGUGAUCUAGAUUCAGUUCUAGUGAACCAUCAGACAGUGUCUAAGGACAAAACAUACGCUGAAAUAAAAGAGCUGACACCUAACGCAAUGUAUUUCUUCCAAGUACAAACGAUCAGUCAAUUUGGCACCGGCAAGCUUCGAAGUGAUAAAGCGGCAGUAUUUUACAACACCACAAGCACCCACGUUGGCAACCCAAGUUCAGAAUGGCGCUCAGACAUGGUAUCGGUUACCAAAAAAACUAAGUCCAUCUACACCUAUUUAAAAAAAAAAGCGCGAACGGAAACCGAUUUACCGCCACAGUCUCUUAAGAAACAGGAUAAAAGGGUUAUUGUCAAAGGCUUAAAGUUGCACAAGGUUAUUUGGCAAAACGGAAAAUUGAAGGCUAGAAUAUCCUGGAACCCUAUAUCUAAAAUUGAGAUUAGAAGAUAUGUUGUACAGUGGCGAACGGAAAAAUGUGAAAAUCCACAACACGAACAUAAAAUUCUUUCGGCAACCACUGAGCAAACUACUUUCGAAAUCUACGAAUUGGAUUAUCAUUGCACUUACAAAGUGAAUGUAAAUAAAUCACGGAAAAGUCUAUCUCCUGACUCAGAAAUCAUCGUUAAUGUUCCUGGGUGUGACUAUUUUCAACGACGAAUGAAUGGCACAAAAAUUAACUGUGAAACUUGAAUUAUUGCGUACGGUUAAUUUAAACUAUUUC